AUGUCAAUUCUUGAUGCUGUACCAGGCGAUGGUUCAAUCGGAGACGAUGCUUUGCAAAUGUUUUGCGAGGCCAUGUCUGACAUUCCAGCGAGUAUCACUGCACCGCCACUGCAGACAGAACAAGUUGGUCCUAAGCGUAGCGUAACAACAGUUAACUUGACCCGCCAACCUGCUAGGACUACCAAGAGAAAGUCCCAUGUUUGUCCAGGCGGUAGCUUGUUGACUGCGAGUGACCACUCUAUCGCCUUAGGUAAUCUAAGCAAACAAGUUUUCCCACGCGACCGAGAAGCUUUGAAUGAACUAGGACAUGCUGCUAUACUUGAGAAGUCGCAACAUCUUCUCUUGGAGGUGAUGUAUGUUUGUAGUCAUGUCAAAACAGAACUUGAUGUUUUGACAGAAGAGGUUGCUCGUCUCAAAGAGGCUAAUCAACUCCUAAAGAAAGACAAAGAGGCAGAGAUCUCACGUAGGGAUUCUCUCAUUACCACCAAGGAGGCAGAGGGUAAAACCUUGAAAGAUCAAGUUUACGACCUCACUAGCCAGCUUAACUUGAUGACAGUAAAUUCCAAGCAGCUAGAGCAAGAUCUUGCGCUCCACAGGAAGAAACUGCGUGUAGCUGGACCUGCUGCAACCAUCCUUUGCCGCUGGAAGAUGGUGCAAGAAUACAUGAAUGGUCACGCGAAGAACUGGGAACCAUUGCCUGUUGAGCAACAGUUCAGGGAGGUAGAGACCGCAUGCGCCAAGCUUAAUGGGGAGGUUCCGCUGGUUUUCCCAGAGGCUUUCACAACGUUUCCAGAAGCCACGUCCGCUCCUACAUCUACCGAGUAG